UUGCACUGGAAUACCGCAGACUGAUAGUGGUCUACCAAACUGACCCACAAUGAAUUCUACCACGAUCCUCCUCUGUGUCUUCUUUGGCUUGCUGACCCAGGCGUACCUUCUCCCUGUUAAGAACUCCACAGGAGUACAUGAGGGUAAAGUGAGGUUGAAAAGGAAAUACUCAGGUGGGCUCUUGGCAAGAAAGAAACCUUUAAGUGCACUUCAUCAUGCAUAUGAUGACUUUGAUGACAUAAAUGCGAUGGAUCAAAUCCUGGCAGUCAACAGUAGGCUGCGAGCACCUCGAGGCGUGACAUUCAGAGAAGGCGAUAUUGCCACUUCACACUUACAGAGUGCAAUAACUUGCCCUGGUAACUCCUGUCUGUGGCCUAAAUCAGUCGAUGGAUUUGUUUAUGUUCCAUACAUCAUCUCCCCACUAUACGACGACAUGGACAGAAUCACCAUAGAAACCGGGAUGCAAGACAUCGCCGCUGGAACGUGCAUCAAAUUUGUUCCACGCACUCAUGAGGGUAAUUUCCUCGACGUUCAGCCAAGAUAUGGCUGCUGGUCAUUCCUGGGGCAGACUGGGGGAAGCCAAACUUUGUCACUGCAGACUCCUGGGUGCAUGUGGGCAGGAGUGGCCUCCCACGAGUUCAUGCACGCUCUUGGCUUUGUCCAUGAGCAGUCCCGCUCUGACCGAGACCACUAUGUUACAAUUGUAUGGAAUAACAUCAUGCCAGACCGCAUUCACAACUUCAGGAAACAGCUGACAAACAAUCUCAACAGCCCAUAUGACUACAACUCUGUCAUGCAUUAUGGAAGGUAUGCCUUCUCUGAAGACGGUGGACCAACCAUCAUCCCCAAACCAGAUCCUUACAUUCCUAUUGGCCAGCGAGAUGGCCCGAGUGCUCUAGAUCUUCAUAAAAUUAACGUCCUUUAUAACUGUGGUGCCAAUGAGUAACUGGAUCCAGAGAGUUAACCUAGUUUUUUUAUAGUCUUAUCUGUUGAAUGUGCUCCCAGGUAAUAAGUGCUAUAGUCUUCAGCAUGUGGUAAACAUACAUUUGUAGCCAUUUCAUUUCUCUGAAUUCAUAUUUUUAAAACACUAUCACAAUUAUUAGUCUGUAUUUUUAGAUUGAGUGCAAUCUUUUCUUCUUUUUUUUUAGAACAUUCUGUGAAACUGACAUAAACUCUGUCAUAAAAUGAAAUAAAUGGACCAUUAAAAAUUGAAAAACAGCAUUUCUCUAACAAGUAUUUAAGCACUGUGAUAAUAUGCUGGACCAGAAGUAAAUUAGUUUCUCAUGUGCGUACAGCUGACAUUUAAAUCACAGCAUGCACAGACUGAAAGUGUUUGUUCUGUUUCUGCCUCCUUCUCAGCUUCUGCUCUCUUUAAAUAAAACCAGUGCAACACUAAGUGUUAUGCUUACUGUUUUACUUUCUGCAUGUCGUGCAGCCAUGGACUUCAAAUUGGGGCUUCCAUUGUGAUCC